AUGGCCAUCGAGUACGAGUCCAGGGACGGCGACCUGGGCGCCGUGGAGCUGCAGAUGCAGAGUGGCGCGGCGUGGGCGCCCAUGGAGCGCUCCUGGGGCGCGGUGUGGCGCUACCAGUCCGGCUCCAGCCUGCAGGGCCCCCGCCUCACCUCCGGCUCCGGCAACACCCUCGUCGCCAGCAACGUCAUCCCCGCCGGAUGGCAGCCCGGCAACACCUACCGCUCCGUCGUCAACUUCGGAACAAACUGA